AUGCACAACAUUGAUUCAGAUAGUGAAGACGACUUGCCACCGGGGUGGGAAGAAAAAUCAACUGAAGAUGGGAAUGUGUACUUUGUAAAUACUUGUGCAAAUAAAACUCAAUGGACUCAUCCAAGGACAGGGUGUAAAAAAGUAAUUCCUAAGGAUUUACCCUUUGGCUGGUCAAAAGCUCUAGACGAAGAGGGAAAAAUAAUGUAUAUUCAGAAGGAAACCGGAAGUAAAACAUACGUUGACCCCAGAUUAGCAUUUUCUAAAGAAGAUAAAAAACAUGUGCAUGAUUUCCGUCAACGAUUUGACGGAUCAUCUACAGCUUAUCAGGUAUUACAUGGAGUGGAUUUAUCAGGAAAAUAUGCAAUGGUAACUGGUUCUAAUGUAGGUAUUGGUUAUGAAACUGCAAAGUCAUUAGCAAGGCAUGGCUGUAAUGUUUUAUUUGCAAACCGUAAUAUGGAGUCUACUCAAAAGGCUAUAGAAGACAUUGUGAAAGAAACAAAUGCAUCUGAGGAUAGUUUAUUAUCUAUUCAUUUAGAUUUAUCCUCUCUACAAAGUGUUAAGAAAUGUGCUUCUGCAGUUAAAACACUGUUUUCAGAUCAUCUAGAUAUUGUCAUACUGAAUGCAGGGGUAUUUGGCCUUCCAUAUACAGAGACAGAGGAUAACAUUGAAACAACAUUCCAAGUGAAUCAUCUCAGCCACAUGUAUUUAGCUUUAUUGUUGAAACCACUCCUGAAGAAAGGUUCACGGGUUCUCUUUGUAUCAUCAGAGUCACACAGAUUUGCAAGUCUCAAAAACAUGUUCACUCAACACAAUUUAACAUAUAUUAAGGACUCGUAUAGUUCAAUGAUGGCGUAUAACAAUUCGAAGCUAUUUAACGUCAUAACUGCUAAGGUGUUAAGCGAAGAAUGGCGAAGUGAAGGCAUUUGUGUGAAUUCUCUACAUCCCGGUAAUAUGGUAUACAGCAAUAUCAGCAAGUCGUGGUGGUUAUUCAGAUUAGCCUUCUAUAUAGUUAGACCUUUUACUAAAUCGUUGCAACAAGCUGCUGCAACAACAAUAUAUGCAGCAACCGCAUCUGAAUUAGAAGGAGUCACUGGUCUAUACUUCAACAAUUGUUUCUACUGCGAAGAGUCUGCCUUGGCGCGAGAUAGAGAUAUAGCUCUCGAAGUGUUCGGAAUGUCCCUCAAAAUGAUCGCCGAACGAAUGGGCACUGAACACAUUCAAAAAUAUUUACAAACGUAUUCUGUUAGAAAAACUGGAUCAUGA